AUGGCGUUAAUAAAUUAUCCAUAAAAUGAACCUGAUGUCGGUAUGCCACAGCAUGAGGCUCAACGCUAUUUUACCCAACUCUUAUCCGGGGUGCAGUAUUUACAUCAGCGAGGCAUUACACAUCGUGAUUUGAAACCAGAAAAUCUACUACUAGACGAACAUGACAAUAUCAAAAUAUCCGAUUUUGGAAUGGCGACCAUGUUUAGAUGCAAAGGCAAAGAACGUCUGUUAGAUAAACGAUGCGGCACGCUGCCCUAUGUGGCCCCUGAGGUCCUGCUAAAACCAUAUCAUGCACAACCCGCAGAUAUUUGGUCAUGUGGUAUUAUUUUGGUAACAAUGUUGGCUGGCGAAUUACCCUGGGAUGAACCUUCGGUGCAAUGCCAAGAAUUCAUCAAUUGGAAGGAUAAUGAUCGUUGGUCCACCCAAACACCCUGGAGUAAAUUGGAUACAUUGGCUAUUUCCCUAUUGCGCAAAGUGCUGGCCACUAAUCCUAGCCAUCGUUUGACAUUGGAGAAAAUUAUGGCCCACAAAUGGUGUCACAUGGAAUUUGCUGAUAAUGAUCGUGCCCGUGACCUGGUCGAUUCCGCCGCUGCCUUAGAGAUACGUUCACCGAAAGCCAAACGACCCCGCCAAAUGUCCAGCAAUCAUAGUGGCAGUAACAAUCUCGACGACUCAAUAUCACGCAAUUAUUGUUCACAACCACUGCCAGUAUUCCGUAAUGAUUUCGAGGCUCCUGCCAAUCCACAAGAAGCUGAUAAUUUACCAGCAGCAGCACGAGAACAUCGUCUCGGUUUCUGUUUCUCACAACCGGCAAUGUUGGACGAUUUGCUGCUGUGUACACAAAUGAAUCAAACACAAUCGGCAUCACAGAAUCUCUUCCAACGUUUAGUGAGACGUAUGACAAGAUUCUUUGUGUCCACGCGACAUGAUGACACCCUAAAGCGACUAGUGGCCACAAUCGAAAAACUCGGAUAUACUUAUAAAAUAUGUGAAGAUAAUUUGGUAGUUACCAUCAGUACGAUUGAUAAGUCGAAACUGAAUUUAGUAUUUAAGGCACAUCUCAUUGAAAUGGAUGGUAAAAUUUUGUUAGAUUUCCGUUUGUCGAAAGGUUGUGGUUUAGAAUUUAAACGGCGUUUUAUACGAAUCAAACAGUUGAUGGAGGAUAUUGUGCAAAAGGGACCGGUAACAUGGCCCAUUGCAAUUGCCACUAAUUGUGUACCCUAAGAAUGG